GAGCGUUAGGAGUGCAUGGAUUUAGACUACAUGUGCAAGAUAAAACUUUCAUACGUGCUUAGGAUGGCUAAUCUUCUGAAACUCAGAAAAUCCAAGAAUUGUAUUGGACAGGAUCAAGGCAUAGGCUAAUAGUUUUUGAAGAAAAAAAAAAACCGAACAAAACAGUUUUCUGGCUUCAUCAUCGUUUGGAGCCUUGGAGAGGAUGUGAAAUGGACAAAACUGUAUUAGGAGAAUACUGAUUAUGCAAUGUAGAUCCAUGGCUUGCUGAAACUUCUGAAAAAAAACCCCAAACUUGUGACAGAACAUGACCAGAUAACAGUAUCUAAAGAACAGAUGUGAAACUUGACAUAAUUAUCAAGGCAUUUCAUAGUAGGGCAUCAUAAAAACACAUGAAAGCACCUUAAACUAGGACUGUUUACAUUGUGAAACAGCAAUGUAAUUUUCUAACUUUGUUUCAAAGCUUCACAGGCAACCUUCUCUUAAGAUGGAAAUCUUAUCUUGUGCUUUCUGGUGCAGAAGAUACUGUUGUGUCCUCUCCCCUACCCUCCAUUUGAUUAUUAUUUAAAUUGUAUAUAAUGAAGAACAAUGCACUUCCAAAUAUUUUCAAAAGGCAUCUUUGGGCAGCAGUAUCUACACUUUCCCUCCAUGGAGAAUACAGAGCCAUUAGUUCUUCUUAAAAGCCCCUUACUUCUCAGCUUGCAGUUGUAAAAGUAUCUGCCUGUAAUACAUUUAGAAGUGCUACUAUAGUCAACUCUGAAAUAAGUAUGAUGCUUUUAAUUGAUGGGGACUCAUGAACAUGCAGAGCGGGUGCUAUGUCCAGGUGCGGGCUGGUGAGCAAGCAGGGUACAUGUACAAGGGCGCACCUUGGAACACAGUUAAACUCCCUUCUCUGGAGUAGGUUAACACCCUGAGGUUCUGGUAACUAAACUGCUAUCUUUCAUAUACUGGAAUAAGUUCUCUUGAAUUACUUGCACCUAGUACUUCAAGAAAUAUAAAUGGGUUUCUCCAGGUUCUAUUCUAAGGAACUUCUGUGACUGUGCAAAGAAUAUUCCAGGUCUAGAGUGACUUAAAGCAGAAACAAUCCCACUGUCUGGAUAAAAGCAGGGAUGGCUGGGUUUUUUUUGGGUGAAGAUGGAUCGUCUAGUAGUGAUAGCCUAUAUUGUGUCUUGUUACUUGUCUCAGUGCUUGCUUUAACAGUAGGGCACUUGGAAGAGCCAAAGAUAGAACAAGGUCAUCCGUAACAGUUCUAAGCCACAUUGAAAUACAACUUUUCUUAUUUUUUCAUAACUAGAUGCUUUAGAGAAAAAGGUGGUGGUUUUUUGUUGGGUUUUUUUUUUUUCUUUUAAUUUACCAAAGAAGUGCUGUCCUUACAGAAAUAUUGAGAUAGAUGCUGGAUGCUUAAAUGCCCUGCACAAACAAAACCUUUGCAAGCAUGUGACAAGCACCUGGCUGAGAGCGGAUUUUUAGCAUUAGCAUCUGAUGUAAGUUGCAGAAACAUGUUUGUCACUGCACUGCUCUAACUCAGAACUUUACCAUAAUUUCAGUAUUUUUUUGACAAGGGUUUUUUUUGUGAAAAAAGUGCCUGUGGAAAUAAAAAUCCAAAAGUUGCCUGCAAGCUUAAAUAAAGCUUAAAAAAACCCACAGCCCAUACUUGAAGAGAAUGGGUGCUAACUCAACAAUUGUAUAGAAUAACUAGUCAAUACUCAUAAGUGUUGAGAGGAUUCAAAGGCAGAGAGAAAGUUUGAGAAAGGAGUAUUAUGUUGCUUUUGAGAAUUUACUGUAUUAAUUAAACUUCCAAUGUUUCUGCUUGGGCCUUAGCUCUGUGACUAAUAAAAAGGAGUUAAUGGUUAUCUUUAAAGGAAAAUUAGUUAAUUUGAACUAUUGUAUUUUUUUUAAAACACUCAUUUUAAUGACAGUCUCUGGUGGGUUUUUUUCUUUGCUUGUUACAUGGAGGGUUUGGUUCGUUUUGCCCCCCCCUUUUUUUUUCUUUUUUUUUUUUAACCUGUUAAAAGUAGUCACCAACUGCUUUAAUUGCUCAAUUUAGGACAAGCAUUUUGAGGAAUAGAUUUUUGUUAAGUGCAGAAUUAAACAGGGGUGGUAUUUAUUAUGCUGAUACGAAGACUGAGGAGUAAUGAUUUCCAAGGAAAGCACCAUAGUGCUAAAACUUGUAUAUGUAGUUACUUGGGGUAUGCAGAAUAUUAGUAAAGUACUUGGUUAUAUUUUGCUAUUUUAUGCUUUAGAAAGAGGCUAUUUAGUUCUAAUUUUAAUUGGAAAAGCUGACUUUAAUGUUGCAACAACUUACUAUUUUUAAGUAGAAACAUCCAUUUAAUGAUACUUCAGAGCAACCUUUUACAGUUGAUCAGUAGAUUCACUUAAAACUAUGAAAAUAGUUCCCUUUUUUAUCAAACCUAAUGGGAAAUUUAAUCUCUGGGCAACACAUAUGCCACUGAAACCUAUCUUUCAACUGCGUAUGGAGGCAAAGACACAAUUUCUUUCGUGUUACUUCUCAACUAGACUGAGAAGGAAGAAGACUAUGCUCUUACAUAUAGAAAAUAGGCAAACCCACUAAUGUGUUUCAGCUGUGCUGAAUAGCUUAGCUUCUUCCUUUCAGACUGCAGCACUUAAACUUUGAGACUCACAUUUGAAAUGUCUUUGGUUCAGAUAAAUUUUCACCUGUUAUUUCUGUAUUUUUCUAAUAGAUAUAUUUUAUUGGUGUACAUUGUAAUUACUACAAAAAAAGCUGCAUUCUGUUCUGCCAAUUUAAAUCUGUCAUCUAGUUUUUCCUACUUUGUUUAAUCCAUGGCUAGUAAAAUGUCUGUUUUCUGUUCAUGUUAGACUUCAAGAGAUGUUGCAUCCAGUUGCCUUAAUUGCUUGGAGGAAAACUGACCGUAACCAUUUGAAGCUUUAUGUAUUUCUAAAAUUGCUCUAACUUCUGUGUAAUUGCAAUAAAACCUUUUUAAUAGAAACCAGCCACUGUUUAAAGAACCACUUGUCACUAUCUUUAUUCUAUGUUCAAAUAUUUAAAAACAAAGAACACGUUUUAAUGGGUAAACACCACUUAUUCUUUCCAUUUUUAUUUUGGAGGGUCAUUUUAAAGGUGGUGUACUUGUACUUUGCCCACAAUGCUUUUCUCUUAGUGAGGGAGCAUGAAGAGCACCUCAUCCUCAGGGGGUGGAGAGAUAAGAACUAAACCCCUAUUUUCUCUGUGUGCUGUUCUGCAUUUAUUAAGCAGCUACUUAACGUAGAGCUGGGACAUUGUUCCAGGUUAGUCCUUGGUUAUGAAAACAGAAACUUUUUGUGCAUUACCUGGAAGUGACAGCUUUUGUAUUUGGGAAGGGGAAGAAGGAUUUGUCUGUAUUUCAUUUCCUUCUACACCCCUUAGGUGUUUGCCUAAGGGGCAUUUGGAAUUUAAGUCCUGUGAGGUGGUGAGGAGCAGUCACUUAAUUUUACUAGCUGGACACGUGUGCUUAUAUUUAAGGGACGACUAAGCUCAAGUGCAGAGUCAGUCAAAAAAUAAAACUAAAAAACCCUAAAUAAAAAUACACCCCCUUACAACAACUAAUUUUCCAUUUCACCGUGCUUAACAACGCCCCCUUACACUCACACCGGGUGCUGUGCGGCCGGCCCCACUGCACCUGCGCUGGUGGCGGCGUGUGAAGUCCCCCGACACCUCCCGCCGCUCUUCCUGCGCUCACCUUGCGGAGCCGCCGCUAUCUAACGGGCGCGGCGGGCGCGGGACCCGGCCCCAGGGCGGACCGUUACCCGCCCACAGCGCCGGCGGGGACGGGAUCAGGGCGUCGACAGGCCGCGGCGCCCGUCCCCGCCAUCUUAGGCCGCUAAGCGCCGGGAGGGGGCGGCGGGGGCGUCGCCGCCUGAGGGGAUGGCGGCGGCGGGCAUGGCGGCUUGGACGUGGCUGCUGCGGGCCCCCACCGCCACCGAGCUGCUGCUGGCGGCCCUGUGCUGGCUGAGCUGCUACUGGCUGCUGCGGCGGCAGCGGUCGCCGCCGGGGCUGCCGCCGGGCCCGGACCCUUGGCCGCUGGUGGGCAACUUCGCGUUCGCGCUGCUGCCGCCGCCGCUGCUGCGGAGGUGGGCCGUGGAGGUGCGGGGCGGCGGACGGGGCUGCCCCGCCUUCUCCCCCCACGUCUUCCUCACCGGCCUCACCAAGCUGUACGGCGGCGUCUUCCGGCUCUUCGUGGGCAGCCGUCCCUUCAUCGUCCUCAACACCUUCGGGGCGGUGCGGGAGGCGCUGGUGCAGAAGGCGGAGGUGUUCAGCGACCGGCCCUCCGUCCCCAUCGUCCUCAUGAUCACCCGCAAGAAGGGUGUUAUUUUUGCACCUUACGGCCCUGUCUGGAAGCAACAGAGGAAAUUCUCUCUUUCAACACUGCGUCAUUUUGGAGUAGGAAGACUCAGCUUAGAGCCAAAAAUCAUUGAGGAGCUGAAGUUUAUAAAGGAGGAAAUGCUGAAGCAUGGAAAGGAUUCAUUUAAUCCUUUUCCAAUAAUUCGUAACGCAGUAUCCAAUGUUAUCUGUUCCAUGGCCUUUGGCAGGCGUUUUAACUAUGAAGAUAUUGAGUUCAAGACAAUGCUAAAGAACAUGGCCCGUGCCCUAGAGCUAAGCGUGAACCGCUAUAUGAUUCUGGUCAAUAUCUGCCCUUGGCUGUACUACCUUCCCUUUGGGCCUUUCUGGGAACUUAGGAAAACAGAAUUAGAUAUUACUGCUUUUCUAAAGAAAAUAAUUGCACAGCACAGGGAUACACUGGAUGCAGCAAAUCCCAGGGACUUCAUUGAUAUGUACUUCAUCCAUGCAGAAGAAGAAAAAAACAACAAGGAGAGCAGUUUUAAUGAAGACUACCUAUUUUUUAUCAUUGGUGACCUCUUCAUCGCAGGCACAGACACUACUUCCAACACAUUACUGUGGUGUCUGCUCUACAUGUCUCUCUACCCAGAAGUACAAGAGAAGGUUCAUGCAGAAAUUGAAGCAGUUCUAGGACGUGACAAAGUUCCCUCUCUUACCCACAAGGCUCAAAUGCCCUUCACAGAGGCAACCAUUAUGGAAGUGCAGAGGAUGACUGCAGUCGUUCCCCUUUCUAUUCCUCGAAUGGCCUCAGAAACUGCUGUGCUGCAGGGAUAUACUAUUCCUAAAGGCAGUGUGAUCGUGCCCAACCUGUGGUCAGUACACAGAGAUCCUAAUAUUUGGGAGAAACCAGAUGAAUUUCAACCGUCACGAUUUCUGGAUGAAAAAGGCCAACUAAUUAAGAAAGAGGCUUUCAUUCCUUUUGGAAUGGGUAAACGUGUGUGCAUGGGAGAGCAGUUGGCAAAAAUGGAGCUGUUCUUAAUUUUUGCAAGUCUAAUGCAAAGCUUUACAUUUUUGUACCCUGAAAAUGCUGCAAAACCAUCUAUGGACGGAAGGUUUGGUCUAACUUUAGCUCCAUGUCCAUUCAACAUAAUAGCUUUGAAGAGAUGAUACAACAUCAAAAAAGAUUACACAAAGAAAUACUGCACUUUCAAAAUCCAGCUUGAUUUUGUUUCCAGCUUGUUUUGUUACUUUCUUUCCAGAAAAACACCAACUGCAUAGGCUUUCAUAGUCAGUGAGAAUGAUCCAUUUACACUUCUGGAAAGAGAAGAUUUUUUUUUGUCUGCUGUUGCAUUCCACAAACGAACGACAGCAUUGUUUGCAAUUUGAUACUAAAACUGGCUGGGCUUAACCCCUCUGUCUAUAAGCUCUUACUAUCAGUUUGUCGAAUGUUAAUUAUGGGAGAAUGGUCCAAAACAUGUGUUGAUGUUUUAGUGAAUAGUAAUUUUUAUUUUGGUAAAAGCAGUACGUAAACAUUUAUUUUACCAAAUGAGUGAAGGACAUCAUAUGAUACCAAAAGGACUAAUGAGUGAGGGGGAAUUAGCAUUUUCCAUGUAAAGAAACAUUAUAACUGAGCUUAACUAAUGACAAAUUCUUUUUGGAAAUUACUAAAUGACACUUCGUUUAACUUUGGAGUUUACUUCUUGCAAGUAACUCAUAGAUGUAGAUUGGGUCUAAUCAGUGUGGAUCCCUGGAUCCAAACAUUCUUGACUAUCAGGGCUCACUAUAAACAAGCAGGUACCAACUCUGAAAACCCAGGGUUGGAGGCCUAAUGAAUCCUCGAAUAUACCAUAUUCUUAACAUGAAAGCAGUGUGCAGCAUCUGGAUGCAGAUGUUCUCUCUCAGAAUAUAAAUGAGAGCAGAUUUCUCUAACAAGAAACAGCAGAAGUCUGAACUCUCUGGUGCCAAGCAGAUACUGAAGACAUCUGUGCUGCCACUUCACGUUUGUGGUUUUCCCCAUGUCAGCAGUGGCCGCAGUGUGGAUGAGACCAACAACCCACUCACUGGGGAAAACUUUACGUGCAUAAUCCUGAUGCUAGGACUUGCACUCAGGUUUUUCAUUUACAGGCAGUGUGGACAGUACUGCCACAACCUGUUUGGCUUUGGGAACUGGAGUUUUACUUCAAAUAUGGCAUUAAUACGGCACUGCACAUGUGGGUCUCGCACUUUUAAGCAUGGAACAGGAGGAAUCUGACAAACUUGACAUUUGAGUGGAGUAAAAAGAUCUGUAGUUCAUACAAUAUUACUGUAUUAGCACCUUACUCUUUUCACAUGUGAAAUUUUAGUUCUGUUUACCACUGUCAAACCAAUUGCCAAUGAAACCUAUUGUUAGGUGUUUCACAAGGGGGCACUCAGUCUUUUAUUUGAAAGAUCUUUCAAACAUUGAAAGCGAUCUUUUGGUUGGGGGACGUGUAACAAAUCACCUUUAAGUAAUUGUUCUUAAUCAUCCUUAAAUCACUUUAUAUACACCUUACGAUCUAGCAGUACUUCAUAUCACAUGAAGUAGGUAUGUAGGUACUCUUUUAAGGAGAUACAUAUUUUCCCGCCCCGUCAUUGAAGAUCUAGAAAAUAUCUGCAGUCCUUCUAGUGUCAAGUUUACAAGACUCGAAUGUAAAGCAGAAUUGGGAAUUGCAUAGCAGAAACUAAGCCUAAAUUGUAAAAGAAGAGUCGACUUUUCAGCUUUAAAUUAACCUCUGGUUUUGUCACUUUUUUAACUUUUAAAAGCCAGGUAGUGCCUAGCAAAAACUGUAAGGUGGUUAUCUUGGAUUUAAAUUAAGGUUUUCUGUUACCUGUUUUGAAUAACAGUGUCCUAAUUUCUGGAUGAUGUGUUUGGUUGGUCAGGUACCCCACUAUUUGUGUGACAACUUCCAGUUUGUAUAUAGGCUAACUUUUGACUUUAUAGGUUAGCCCUUGCUCCUGUUAAAACCUUUACUUUGGGGUUUUCAAAAAUGUCAUACGUAGCAUAGUAAAAAGCUGAGGUUUGUGCCAAUGCUAGUAAACUUGCACUAAGCGCUGACAGUACUGGAGUAAUAAGCACUUAUUUCUUUAACUUUGUAUUUUUCAAUGAAUAAAUAGAUUCUGUACAGUUGGGAUUUUUGUCUGGAACUCCUUGAAAUGGUGUAUGCUUAAUUGCGAAGCUAAAAUUAAGUGCUGAUAAUAUUCAUCUUUCUGUUGAAAUGCCUCUUUCAGCAACAUGAUGUUGUGUGCAGCUGAUCACUUACGUAAAAUAUGUGUCCUUUUAAUGAAUGAGGACACAUUUGAAAAGCACUUUAGUUUUUUUUACAGAUUCCAAAGAAGGCACAAUGCCCAUAAUCCCCUAGGUGUGGAAUUGUACAUGUUUGUGCUUGUUUUGCCUGCUGGGUUUAGUUUAAAAUGUCAUCUUUGAAAACUAUCCUUUGAAAAUUAUCCUUCUACAAAUAGUACUUUGAGAAUACCGAUUUUGGUGAUACCUAUAAUCAAAAUGCCGCACAGCGUGAUGAGUUGAAACUACUGAUGUGAAGGAGCAACCGUGUCGAUGUCUGCCAGAGUGCAGGAUGCUGUUGGAAGUGACAAUAAAGACCAGCCUUUCAUGCCUUCCAGAUGCACUGAAACUUUCACAGGAUGCCAUGAAAGUAGCUAAACAACAGCAUAAAAGCAAUGCAAUGUUUGUUGUUGUAAAAGUGUGUUACCGUCUUUGGUAAACUGUAAGUAAAAGUGGUAGCAGUUUUGGGUUGUGUUUGUAAGUGUGUCCUUCUCCUCCCUUUUUUUGGCAGAAGCAUCUCAAAUGCUUUGUUGAAAAAUGUAUGUUUAUAUAAGUGAAUGGCUAUUUCUGAAUGCUGAAAAUGUCUUUGUUUCUAAAAGUGACUUCAGACUUUGCUUCAGUGUAAUUUUAUUUUUAAUAAAAUAAUUUCCAAGUAAGU